GGCUCCCGCGGCGGCUGCGGCCCGGCUGGGCGCUCGGGAGCUGCGGCGCGGCCAGCGCGCCUGGGCGCUGCGGCGGGGACCGGUCCGCCAUCGGGAGCCCCGGCGCGGAGCCGCUGCGGGCGGCCACCCCGAUCUAGUUCUGCUGUCGGAGUUUACCUGUGAUCAUGGGGAGGAAGCUGGACCUGUCCGGUCUCACGGACGACGAGACGGAGCAUGUCCUCCAGGUGGUCCAGAGAGAUUUCACUCUCCGCAGAAAGGAGGAGGAGCGACUCAGUGAGCUGAAGCAGAGGCUGGCGGAGGAGCACAGUCGGUGCAGCAUCCUCUCGAAGCACCGGAAGUUUGUGGAGCGCUGCUGCAUGCGCUGCUGCUCGCCCUUCACCUUCCUGGUCAACGCCAGGCGCCGCUGCGGGGAGUGCCAGUUCAGCGUCUGCAAGAGCUGCUGCUCCUACCAGAAGCGGGAGAAGCUCUGGCUUUGCUGUGUCUGCCAGCAAGCCAGGCUUCUGAGGACACAGUCCCUGGAAUGGUUCUACAGCAACGUGAAGAGCCGCUUCAAGCGCUUCGGCAGCGCCAAGGUCCUCAAGACGCUCUACAGGAAGCACCGGCUGGAGAGCGGCGCCUGCUUCGACGUCCUAGGCGGGGCACUGUUUGAUCCGAGCCCCGAGAACGACGGGAGCAUGUCGGGGAGCGACUCCACCUUCUACAGGCAGUCGGAAGGACACAGCAUGAUGGACACGCUGGCUGUCGCCCUGCGCGUGGCAGAGGAAGCCAUCGAGGACGCUAUUUGCAAAGCAGAGUGCCACGGGGACAGCCUGGACAAGCAGAACGAGGCCAGCUACUUGCGGGACCACAAGGAAGAGCUGGCAGAGGAGCUAGCCACCACCAUCCUGCAGAGGAUUAUAAGGAAGCAGAAGGGCAAAGCCGAGGUGCAGAUGGAGGAAGAGGAGCCAGCGUGGCCUCAGCCCCAGAGCGGCAGUGUGGAAGCCCAGGAUGAGGCGUCCAAAGACCCUCUGGGACGCCAAGGCCGAGCACGCGCCCCGCUCUGGCGGUCCCAGUCUGCGUUCUCCUUCGCUACCGAGGAUGCUCUGAAGAGCUGUUCGGCGGAGGCCGCUGCCAGGCUGCCCAGGGGCCGCGGGCAGCACCUGCUGGAGGAGUCUGCUCUACCCAGCUGGAGGAGUGUGGACGGCCUGGACACAACAAGUCUGGUCCCAGUGUUGCGGAGCCCUGAUGGAAACUGGAUGGCCUUGAAGGAUGCUGGCACGCGGCCCCCGACCCGUCUGCUGGCCAAACCGAAGAGCGGGACCUUCCAGGCCCUGGAGGCGGCGGCCAGUGCGACGGCUGCUUACGAGGACAUGGGCUCCGACAGCGAGGAAGACUUUGAUUACGGGGAGGCCUUGAGUAAGCUGUGCCCACCAUCUCGGCCUGAGCAGCCCGAGCCUCAGCCCGCCCAGAGUUCCGGCCAAGGUCCCUCAGCCACGUCCCCCUCAAACCCCGAGGCCAUGUGUUCCGACUCGGAGACGUCCUCCAGCUCGUCCCGGGAGGCUGGCUGCCGGCUGUCCUGGCUGCAGAGGAAGGCCCCCAGGAGCCCCACGGCAGGGAAGACGCCACGCCGGGGGGAGCUGGAUGUGAACUUCAACCCCCAGGCAGCCAGCGGGGAGACCUCCGACAGCAGUGACCCGGAGGGGGCGCCCCCCGCCGCAGACCACCGGGCCAGGAGGUGGAGAAGGGCCAGAGGGGGCCCGGAGGAGCCCGACAGGGGCCCGCCUUCCGUUGGUGACCACUCGCGGGCCCCACACACACCUCAGGUGUUAGGCAGCGUGUCAGAGACUGACAUCAGCAACGAGGCACAGAGUUUUCGGACCAACUCGGCCUCAGUGGAGGAGAGGCUGAGAAGCAGACUGUACGAGUUAGCCAUAAAAAUGAGCGAAGAGAGGGAGACAUCUUCUGGAGAGGAGCAGGAGUCCGAGCCCAGGACAGAGCCUGAGAACCAGAAGGGAAGCCUCUCUUCCGAGGAGAACAGCCAGGGCAUCCAGGAGGAGCUGAAGAAGAAGUGUUCUGCUGUUUCUCUCUGCAACAUCUCCACAGAAGUCCUGAAGGUCAUCAACGCCACGGAGGAGCUGAUUGCAGAGUCUGCGGGGUCCUGGGCGGCCCCCCCAGUGCCCCCCGACAGAGAGAAGGGAACAUUUCCCCUCGGGACGGACCAAGCGAGCCUGGACAAGCAGCUGACCUCGCUGGAAGAAAACGUGUACCUGGCGGCGGGCACGGUGUACGGGCUGGAGGGCCGCCUGGGCGAGCUGGAGGACGCCGCCCGCUGCAUCCACAGCGGCACGCAAGACACGGAGCUGGCGCAGCUGGAGGACCAGGUGGCCGCGGCUGCAGCCCAGGUGCACCACGCCGAGCUCCAGAUUUCUGACAUCGAGAGCCGCAUUUCAGCCCUGACGGUCGCCGGCUUGAACAUCGCCCCGUGCGUGAGCCUCACGCGCAGACGGGACCGGAAGCAGAGGAGCCAGGUGCAAACCAUCGACACGUCGAGGCAGCAGAGGAGGAAGCUGCCGGCCCCUCCUGUGCGAGCUGACACAGCGGAAGCGUCCCCUGUGACCCCUGCGAAGACACUCGGCCGCAGCUUCCUCGUGCAAGGCUCCUGCACAAACAGGGCCCCUGACAGGAAGGGCGGCACGGCGGGCUUGGUGGAGCCCGCCCCUGAGCCAGCGGGGACGCACUGACACGCCCGGAUGUGCACAGCCAGUGAGCCACUGCCCGGCGUCCACGACAGUGCCUUGACCACCCGCCAUGGAGUACUGUGCGAAUCUCCGCCGAGGCCGGAGGCGCGACACGGCUGCACGCGCCCGCACGCCUCAGGCUCGGGGAAGCCGAGACCGAAUCCCGCCGCUGGCUCCGGGAGAGACCCUCGUACCUGUGUGUCCCCUUCACCGGCCAUGUGUGUUUUCUGAUCUUUUUACCCCCAUCAAAAAUGUCGGAGGGGAGAGGAGCUUCGUGUAAGGAGGGUGGGGCCGUCACCGUGCUUUCCACGUCCCAACAGAUGCUGGGGUUGGGGGGCUGGAAACGGUCUCACUGGGAUCCCCACCCCCGGCCUGUCCCCACCCCCACUCCUCCUCCGCUUCGGCCACACUGAGCUCCCAUCCCCCCCAGCCACGCCCAGGUCCCUCAGCCAGGUCUCCUUCUGAAUUAGGGUUCUUGCGCGGUUUACCCAGGGGCCCGAGGAAUGUCACUGUUAGGUAAAGGACACAGACUCCGGAGGGGGCGUGUGGGUAAAUGGAUGGUUGCAAAGCGGAAGGCACAGGAGCGCGUCCCUCCUCCAGCGUGUUCCCGCCGACCUCAGCGAUGGUGGUGCAGGGGAACGUGUGGAGGGAAGGGCGGUGGUGAGCGAGGGAGGGACCGUCCCUGCGUGUUUCAGCGGACAGGCUGGCUGAAUGCGUGAGCAGUGUCGACACACACAGACGGACUCACGCUGCUGUUGCCAUCUCCAGCGCUGGCCUCCUGGAUCUGUGACGCAUCGGUGCGCUGGGGAGGGAGGGACCUGGCGUUGGCUCCCUGCUUUACCCAAUGUCCCCUCGCGUGGGCACUCGGGUUUCCUGUAUGGCCAGACAAGUGAGCUCGCUGAGGCCACGCCCGGGAGCUAGUUCUGUCCCGAAUGCCCCGUCCCCAGAAGCCUGGCCUUGUUUUCACACCCAGACCUGCUCUAAGUGCCCCCCACCCCCGUGUGCCUGCUGCUGAUGGUGACCCCUGUAUCUCCCAUAAUGCUCCCGCUGACGUGUGUGUCACCCCGAGAAAGGACUCCAGGGAAACAGUGAACCUUCGUCAUCUUAUCCAAUGGGUGUGAUUCACACUCACACAAAACUUAAAAACAACAGGAAGAUCUGACUUUCAAACAGGACGUUCCCCUCAGGAGGCCUCGAGACCACCUUUGUGCUAACAGCGUUCAAACACUCAGUUUUCGUUUGAGAGAAGCGUGUACUGUGUAAGCCUUGCAAAAAAAAUUAUAAUGAUGAAGAAAAAGCCUGUUCUAUGGCAUUUGAACUUUUCUAAAGGUUUCCUUGUGCCAAAAAGUACAAAGAUUUAAUUUACUAUUUAACCAUAAACAUGCUAUAGUUCCAGAAAUUAUUUUGUCAUCCAGUGAUUUUGAUCUUUAGUGUCAAUAUUUAUAUUUAGAUUAAUUUUUAUAAAUGAAAUAUUUUGAUGGUUUAAGCAGACGGGGAUAGAGAGGACACUGUCUCUGACGGCUUCUCGGGUUUCUGCCUUCAUGUCUCACACACUCGGCCAAGAACCACUGUCAAGAGAAACGACCAAGCAGUAAAAGUCACUAAGAGAA